GCAGAGCAGUGGAUAUGGCGAAUAAAGAGAGCGAGUAAAACUAGCUCGAGCACUUGUUCGUCACACAAUUGUAAGUGAGAAACAUCCAGCCGCCGCGCGCAGGAAUCCUCACGCGCAUCCUAGCAGAUACGACCAACAAAAACGCAUAUUAGUUUUACAAUCACGGAGCCCCGUUAUCUCUCGAGUUUCUCCAGCGCAGCGGAGAGGAAACACUUCUCUCUUUCCCGCAUUUAAACUCCACCACUCGCAUCGGCUGCCUGCAUCUCUGCUCCGUCCAGCGGUGGUCUCACGUCGGACUAUUGGAUUUGGGUUGACACUUCGGGCACAGAGGGAAGGGGUCUCCGCCAUGGAUUUUGACUUUUUAAACACUUAAAAUAAACCCAAACAUUGCAACAAGACAGUAUUUGAGUAGUUGAGCCAGCUGCGGUUUAGGUCACAUCUCUUCCAGCGCUUCUUCACCGAACGGGAUGGUUCCAGCGCCGCGCCGCGUGGGGUGAGAAGAUCUUGCAAGACCGGGAAGAAAAGCGAGAGAUCGAGGGAUUAUGGCACUCUACGCGCUCUGUCUUUUUAUUCUGACGCUCACCUGCACGAACUUUGACCUGGUGACUGCGGCCAGGCACGCGGUACACUGGAACAGUUCAAACAUACUACUUCGUAAGGAGGGCUACACGCUGCAGGUGAAUGUCAAUGACUAUCUGGACAUCUACUGUCCUCACUACAACAGCAGUCAGAGGGGCAUCGCGGAGCAGUAUGUGCUCUACAUGGUCAGUUAUCGCGGUUACCGGACCUGUGACCCACAGCUGGGCUUCAAGCGCUGGGAGUGUAACCGUCCUCAUGCCCCUCAUGCACCCAUCAAAUUCUCUGAGAAGUUCCAGCGCUACAGCGCCUUCUCGCUCGGCUACGAAUUUCACGUUGGCCAAGAGUAUUAUUAUAUCUCCACACCCACUCAUCACCACGGCCGGAGCUGCCUGAGAUUGAGAGUGUACGUCUGCUGCUCUACAGCAUCUGAUUCAGAUGAUGAGCCUCACCCUACAGAGCCAGACUACACUCUAAGACCUAACAUCAAAAUCGACGACCUCGAUGACUAUGAUAAUCCCGAGGUCCCCAAACUGGAGAAGAGCAUCAGUGGCAGCAGUCCGUCCAGAGACCGGCUUCUCCUAACAGUGGCUUCGCUUCUCCUCAUAGCCCUCUCUGUGUCCUAGCAUCAACCUCUGAUAUGCCACUAUACCAACGAGGCCUUGAGGAGGAGGGAAUGAAGGGUCCAGGGCCAAUAAGUUUGAGGAUUAAGACUCGGUGUGGAAGAGGAAUUAAAGUGAACACUUGAUGCUGCAGGAUCUUACAGAGUGUCAAGCACCAGCCCACAAUUCAACAGUGGAUUUCAUGUCUUACAAUAGCGACACACUUUGCAUGUCGCUCAGACAAUACUAAUACACCAUAAUGAGAACUGUGCCAUUUCAGUUACAAUAGAGUGUGGAUUGUGUGUGUAAUGUAUGUGUGUGUGUGUGUUGGUGUGUUUAUAUGUGUUUGUGGGGCGCCUUGUUGAUGGAGCAAAUCUUUCCCUGGUUUGAAGACUUGAUGGCUCAAUCUGAUUCAAUUCUAUCAAUCUGACCACAGGUGGAUGGUUCGAAAUGCAUGUGUAAAUGGGAUCUGAAAUGUUUUGAGUUUCUCCACUUUUGACCACUUCUUGAGGUAGUUAAAGACGAAUUCGGUCAGUUUGCUUUCAUAGUGUGAAUGCUCAAGUGGUCAAAUCUGUGUAGAGGGAAAACUUGGCUCCUAAAAUCUGGAUCUGACCUGAAUCACUACUUGGAUAUUUUGGAAAAGAAAAGCUGACCCAAGACAGGCCUGAUAGACAAACUCACAACUCUAAGAAUGAAGUUUAUGUCUCGCAAUUCAGACUUUAUAACACAACGCAAACUUUUUAAAUUAGAAUUGUGAGAUCUAAAAUUUUGUGAGAUAUAGCAAUUCUUCUGAAUUGGACCUAAAUACUCAAAUAUCUCACAAUUCUGAGGAAAAUAAACUUUUCAGAACUGCAACUUUUUUCUUGAUAUUAUAUUUCACAAUUCCUUUUUUUCUAUUUAGUUUAGUGGGGAAAAACAUAAAUGUAAAAAACUAAAAUAUCACUCACUGUAAUCUCAUUACAUCCUUAAACUCUUGUAUCUGACUGGGUCCAUUUGAAAAACGAAGACAAAGACACUUAUUUUAAAUGAUCUGAGACCUGAGGCCACUAAUACUGACACAAGCCAUUUCUGAGGCAUUUGGUUUUGUAGCCAGACCUGUUUGGGUCUCAGGUUAGGGUGCUUUCACACUAGCACUUUUAGUCCGCACCCGGGUUCGUUUGACAUCAGAGUACAGUACGUUUAGCUAGUGUGAAUGCUGUCUUCUGAACACGGGUACGCCUGAAAGAGGUGGUCUGGGGUACGGUUCAUGCGAACUGUGGUACAGUGACUGCAAUUGUAGCAAAUAAUGGAAGUGAACCACCAACAACUGUACAACAAACUUUAGUUUGCAUAACGUUCAUUCGUUUGUGUAUGUCUGUGUAUCACCUACCUUGGCGACAAGUGGGGACUGACCCAAUGCAAACGGUGAUAAUGCCUGUUUGUCUCUACCAAAAACAAAUUCUACAGACAUCCCGUGAUGUUCAGAACGUUUAAAUUUUUAAAUUUUUUUAUAAUUUUUUUUUUUCGGCAGAUAGACGUAAGUGGCUCUCUGUAUUUUGGUUUUAGUAACAAAAGCAAAAGAGUCAGUAAAAGCAGAUUGACCGUCAGAUACGUAUGUCUCCGUUUUGCAGCUUUGCUUGCGUGGCCAUCACCUAGCAACAGCUGUACACAAAACAGCAGCUUGAUGACACAAGCGUACCGUGGUUCCGAAGAAAAAAGACGGUGUGAACACAGAUGAUGGCAAGGCGGGGACAAUAAAACUUGGGUUCGGUCCAGGCAAUUGAACCAAGUGUGAAAGUAUCCUUAGACUUCAGGUUUUUGGGUGCAAGUGGACUGUGAAACCACCUGGUCCUUGUGUAAAUCGUGUCAGCUUGUUUUGCAAUAUUAGAUAAACAAAUUAGAAAAAAUCCAUACAUACAUCUCUCACAGGCCCUUUCACAAAGAAUUCAGAAGAGUGGUCGAAAGUGGACAACAGAGACACAUUAAAUCAGCUGGUGUAACCUGUAUAAUGCAUCUUAUUACGAGGUAUAAACAGGGCCUGUCUGUGAAUUGGCGGGUUAAAGGUUUAAAAGCGUCUCGGAUUUGCUUUGAUGAGAACUGAAAUGAAACCGUUGAGGAGUUCAGGUUACUCCUCACACAAAUAAAACAAAAGCACCGUUUAAUCCAAUUUCAAAAGUGUUUGUUUCCCUCUCUGUGUCUCUGUUGCUGGAGAGACGUACAAACCACUGGAUCGUCUUGUAAUUGCCGUCAGGGAGGAACAGCAAUAUUCAUUUGAUGAGUUUAAACAAGUCUAUAAUAGAAACCGAUCCCUCAUACUCCAAAUCAGCUCAUUUUGGACUUUUCUAUUGACGAGGGGACAAUUUAUAAAGCGUUAAAAUCCAAUUACAUCUGAUUCUUAUUUGAACGUAUCGUGGCCGCACAUGAAAGCAGGGCCGAAAUGGUUGUUCUGUGAAGCAGAAAAUUGAGACAGAAGUGAUUUUGCACGAGCGCCAGCACAAACGCAUUAAACACAUCGAGACAAACAGAAGCCAAAUAGCUUUUUUUGUUGUUGUUUUCUUUUCUUCUCCUUUUUGAUAAAAGGUGCUUGAGUGAGUGAGCGAGUAAGCGUGUGCAUAGUGUGUGUGUGUGUAUGCGUUAGCUCAGUGAUGCUGGAAUAAUUUCUUCUUGACUUUAUGGACUUCAGUUGGAGGCAGACUACUGCACAGACACUGUACAUAAAACACAUGCAUUUAUUUAUGUGUGGACAUUGUGGAUGACCUCCGCUCAUUUGUUCGGACCAUGCUGAUUCCCGCUGGAUUCGGAAGAUCUCCAAACUAACUUUGGCCUUUUUGUUCCAGUUCCAGCCGGUCGCCGCUGCUUGCUACAUGACUUUUUUUCGGUGGCGAUCAGCAAGAUCAAAUGGAAAUUGAGGGGUCAGGUGGUUAUAAACCGUUUCUACAGCAACAGUUAUUCAGCUAUACACACACCUAAAGGCACUAGAGUCCAGCAGGAAAUCAGAACAACACACAUGAAAAGAAAUAACAGCAAUUACUGGAAAUGGUUCUCAUGACACUUUUGCCAAGAGUAACACAAGCAAGCAAACGCUUCGGGGCAGGUAGUUAUUGCAUUCUCAUGGGCUUUCAAGGGAUAAACAAUGGCGUACGCAUCAAUCAUUUUACAACAAGGUUCAAAAUUAAGGUUCUAACUCUUUUUACAUAGACUAGCACCUUAUCACAUCAUAAUAUCACGGCUUGUGAUGAUAGCAACCAGCGCUGCUUCUUGCCCUAGAGACAUGAAGAUACUGCUUAAACUAGCAAUGGCAUGAGGUUUAGGAGAAAUGAUAUGUGGUAGACAUUUUUUUUUAAUAUAGAGUCAUAAUGGACACCUUCUUUCACACCUACAGGCUGUCUAUAAUGAGUCGAUAAAGCCGUUUAUUGUACCAUUCCACUUUUGCUCUUAAAAAAACAUCUCGGUUCAUAUGGAACAUUAUACGUCUGGUUUAUAUUCCAUUACAAAAGCCAGAUUUAGAGCAAGUCUCAGAACAAACACUUAUUUGAAUGCUCGGAAUGACUUGAAUCUGCAGUUAAUUUGUUUCAUGUUGUCUUUGAAAUGCGUCGGGUUGAGGAUCGGUAGGUUUUUUGUGCUUUGGGGUUUAUUGUGGGGUUGUUUUUCUGAUGGAAUAAUGUAAUAUUUCAGAAGAGUUGAUAGGGAAAUGUAUCUCUCUUCAAAUGUUGCACUUACAAAAACAUGGACACGAGAAUUGUGUGAAUGUGUGUGAGAGAGAGAGCGUGUGUGUGUGUGUUAGAGACUGCAGUUGUUAGAAGUUGACGUUUUGUCUUACAACUAGCCUACAUAACCUUUAUGUGUGUGUGAGACAGAAUGAGAGAUCAAAAGGUAAUAAAGAGGACGGUGUGAAUGUGUGUGUUGUUUAUGCAAGUUGUUUUCCAUUGUUUAGUCUAGGCAUUUUCUGUGUGAGUGUGUCAAAGAAACUCUUUUGUUUUGGAGGAAACAACAAAAGCAUUUAUUAGUGUUGGAAACAACCGAUUACAAUCAUGUUUACCUUCAGCUGGAAUGAAUUCAACUUGAAAAAAGAAACUGUAAACUGAACAAACCAUAACAAAGCUUAUAAUAAUAAUAAUAAUAAUCAUGAUACAAAAAAACA